AAAAUUUGUCUAUGACGUCAAGCAAAAUAUUAGAACGUACGAAUUGUCAAAUACAUUUAACGCAGAUCAGAGUGGCUUCCAACUAGAAAUGCAUUCAGGAAGAACUUUAGCGAUCGAAGGAGAAAAGCAAGUACAAUGUCUUGUACAAUCAGUCUCUUCUACGACUCACAGUUACACUAUUCAGCCGACUAUAUCAGCUGACGGCAAGCUGCUAUCUCCUCUAUUUUUAGUUUUAAAAGAACCAACUGGCAAGAUUGGUCCAUUAGUGGAGAAAACGCUUUUCAGACCCGAUAAUGUGUACAUAGAAGUAUCCAAGUCUGGGAAGCUUACUUCAGAUCAUUUUAAAAUUUGGUUGGAGCAUGUAUUUUUCCCGAAAGUUGGCUCAAAAUGAUUAUUACUGAUUGAUUCUUGGACUGGACGCUGUCCCCAAGCUGUACUU